AUGGACCGAUCAAGCAGGAGGUCUAACAGAGUGCUGAGCCGGGAGGAGAGCGUCCCGCUGAGGGCAGUCUGCCAGAUGGCAGUCGGUACGAAUGGUGAGAGCAAUGAGCCCAUCCAGAUCUUCGGGGAGAUCUAUGGCAACGAGAAAUGGAGAAACGCUCUGGUUGUGACAGCUGAUUGCAGAAUACAGGCUCAGCUGCAGAUGCCAGUGGAGCAGCACUCAGACCCAGAAGUGGUUGACUGGUUGAGUGUGAAUUUACUCAUGUAUAUUAUGUUGUUUUCCAACUUUUCCUCUGCUGGGUCCCCUGUUGUUUCCUGUCGGUUACAGGGACACUUUCAUCCGAAUACGAUACACAAGUCUGGAGAUGUGGUUCUGGGUGGAUUGUUUCCAUUCCACUUAUUCUCCAUUGUUCCUGAUCUUUCAUUUAAAUCAGAACCUCAUCAACCGACCUGCUACAGUUUCAAUGUUCAAGGAUUCAGACAGGCUCAGACCAUGGCUUUUGCUAUUGAUGAGAUCAAUAGAAAUUCCAGAGUGCUUCCAAAUGUAACUCUGGGAUACAGUCAUGAUAACUGCGUCAAACUGGGAAUUGGAUUCCGUGCUGCCUUGUCUUUAGCCAGUGGUGAAGACAAAGAGUUUAAAUUAGAUGAAACCUGUGUCGGAACCCCUCCAGUGUUAGGAAUUGUGGGUGAUUCUUCCUCUACACGGACUAUUGCCAUCUCAUCUGUCUUAGGUUUGUACCGAGUGCCAAUGGUGAGUUACUUUUCAACAUGUUCCUGCUUGAGUGACAGAAAAAAGUUUCCAUCCUUCUUCCGGACUAUCUCAAGUGAUGCUUUCCAAGUUCACGCUAUAAUUAAGAUUUUAAAACACUUUGGAUGGACCUGGGUUGGCCUGUUGGUCAGUGAUGAUGACUAUGGACUCCAUGCUGCCCGAUCUUUCCAGUCUGACUUGGUUGAUUCUGGUGUAGGUUGUCUGGCUUACUUAGAAGUUUUGCCUUUAAACAUGAAGCCAGUUGAAUUCAAGCGGAUUGUGAAAAUAAUGAAGACAUCUACAGCUCGUGUAGUGAUUGGAUUUGCACAUGAGAGUGUAAUGAUUCAAAUCACAGAAGAGGUGGUAAAACAGAAUGUGACAGGUCUACAGUGGAUAGCCAGUGAAGCAUGGACAUCAGCCUCUGUUCUCCAGACCCCCAAACUCAUGCCAUACCUGAGCGGAACACUGGGAAUUGCCAUCCGACGAGGAGAAAUUCCAGGUCUAAAGGAGUACUUGUUCAGAAUACAUUCUGACCAACACCACAACAACAGCUAUGGACAUAAUGUGGUGAAUCAGUUUUGGGAAUACACAUUUAAAUGUAGAUUUGCCCCACUUCCAGCAGGCUGGGUAGAAGCUGGAGGUGCACUAUGCACUGGACAUGAAGAUCUAAAGAAAGUAGAGAGUGAGGUUUUGGAUGUUUCAAAUCUCAGGUCAGAGUACAAUGUGUACAAGGCUGUGUACGCACUGGCAUAUGCUCUUGAUGACAUACUGCAGUGUGCUCCAGGGAGGGGACCUUUCAGCGGAAAAAGCUGUGCCAAUUUAAACAGCCUCGAGCCAUGGCAGCUUGUGCAUUAUGUGAAAAAUGUCAAUUUCACCACAUCAUCUGGUGACCAGGUGUUAUUUGAUGAGAAUGGUGAUGCCUUACCAAUCUAUGAUAUUGUCAACUGGCUGUGGCUCCCUGAUGGAACCAUAAAGGUUGAGAAUGUGGGUGUGGUUCAGAAGUCAGCCUGGAAAGGAGAAGAGCUCAAACUGGAAGAAGACAGACUCUUCUGGAACUUACAUUUCAAAGAGCCUCCCCGAUCAGUGUGUAGUGAAAGCUGUCCACCUGGGACCCGUGUGGCAAAAGAAGGUGACCCUGUGUGCUGUUUUGACUGUGUGCCAUGUUCUGAGGGAAAGAUCAGCAAUGAGACUGUUGAUUCCACGGACUGCACCAGUUGUCCAGAGUACCUUUGGUCGAGUCCCCUGCAUGAUCAAUGUGUUCCUAAAGGAAUUGAGUUCCUGUCCUACCAGGAGCCUCUGGGAAUCUGCUUGACAGCUGCCUCAUUGCUUGGAACAUUUAUCUGUGCUGUUGUCCUUGGAAUCUUCACAUAUUAUUGCCGUACACCAAUAGUACGAGCCAACAAUUCAGAACUGAGCUUCCUGCUCAUAAUUUCUCUAAAGCUGUGCUUCCUGUGCUCACUGCUGUUCAUCGGCCGGCCUCAGCUGUGGACAUGUCAGCUGAGGCAUGCAGCAUUUGGGAUCAGCUUUGUGCUUUGUGUCUCAUGUAUCCUGGUAAAAACCAUGGUGGUUCUGGCUGUGUUUAAGUCCUCCAAACCAGGAGGUGGAGCCAGGUUGAAAUGGUUUGGUAACAGACAACAGAGAGGGACAGUUCUUGCUUUCAGUUCUGUCCAGGCAGUAAUCUGCACUGCUUGGCUUGUCUCUUCCUCUCCAGUUCCUCAUAAAAACACUCAAUAUCACAAUGACAAAAUAGUUUAUGAAUGUGUUGUUGGAUCCACAGUUGGUUUUGCAGUGUUACUGGGUUACAUUGGCUUUCUGGCUGUCCUCAGCUUCUUGCUCGCAUUUCUGGCCAGGAAUCUUCCUGAUAGUUUUAAUGAGGCUAAACUCAUCACUUUCAGCAUGCUGAUAUUCUGUGCUGUGUGGGUGGCUUUGUCCCACUAUAUCAGCUCUCCUGGUAAAUAUGCAGAUGCAGUGGAAGUAUUUGCCAUCCUGGCCUCUAGUUUUGGCCUCGUGGUUUCACUGUUUGGACCCAAAUGUUACAUUGUCCUCAUAAAGCCUGAGAGAAACACAAAGAAGGCAAUCAUGAGCCGAUGUAUGGAAACUUAA